CAACAGCUGACUUUCAAAGCUUAUGGGCAGCGCUGUGCAGCACUUAUAACUAGAGAUUAAGGCAAAAAAAAAAAAAAAAAGAACCAAAUCAAAAAGCAAUGUUAACGUUUUUUGAAUAUUAAUUUGAAUAAAAGUGGCGUCCAGCUGGAGAGUCGCACGUUCUGUCGCCAGCGCGUUGAAGGAGUAUUCAAAUAGUUAAUCAAAAUGAAUAAAUGCUGCAUACAGACACAACAGGCAACGCUCACAAAAUCCUCCAAUAUUGUUGACAUAUACAGCAGCAGCAGCAGCAGCAGCAACAGCAGCAGCAGCAGCAGCAGGGGAAGCAGCAACGGUAGCAUGUCCAACGAUGAUGACUAUCCCGUGAUAAUCACAGAGGCGACACGCCAGCAUAUUGAGCGGCGCGUCCGUGCGGCGUAUGAGUUCUUUGACCGGGUACUGCGGCUCUACGAUGUCAGCCAGUUGAUAUUCUGUUUUAAUGGCGGCAAGGAUUGCACCGUGCUGCUGGAUCUGUUGAUGCGCUAUUGCCGGGAGCAUGGCAUCGCCAGCCGUCAAAUCCCGAUGCUCUAUAUUGAGUCGGAUGAUUCGUUUCCCGAAAUCGAUGAUUUUGUUGUGCACUGCGUGCGCCGCUACGAUGUGAAUCUAAUUAAAUAUAAGGACUCGCUAAAGGUGGCGCUCACCCACAUGACGGAGGAUAUGCCGCGCAUAAAGGCCGUCUUUGUCGGUAGCCGCAAUACGGAUCCCUAUUGUCAGCAUCUACAGCCCAUGCAGAAAACGGACAGCGACUGGCCGGAUAUAAUGCGUUUGAAUCCUUUGCUGGAGUGGAGCUAUCAUGACAUCUGGCAUUAUAUUCACAUGCAUAAGGUGCCCUAUUGCCAGCUGUAUGCGCAGGGCUAUACAUCCAUUGGCUACAGAUCGAACACCUUGCCCAAUCCGCAUUUGCAGCACAGCAGCUGCUCGCCGGCGAAACCUGCUGCUGCUCCUGCUGCUGCUGCUGCUGCUGCCGUUGCCUGCUUUAAGCCCGCCUGGGAGCUAGCCGAUCCCACAACGGAACGUGCCGGUCGCCUUAAUCGCAAAUAGCCGAGGCAUUUGCCGCCUCUUAAAACUGGUUUGAAUCCGCCAAUAGUGCAAUUGUAUUGUAAAUAUCUUCACAAUUAUUUUUUUUUUUCUAUCUCCAAGAAAUUUGUACAUAUGUUUCUAAACAAUCGAGUCCUUAUGUACUUAAAACAAUAUACUAAUUAUCUAUACACACACACA